AUGGGCGACUUUAAUAAUUAUGGCGGAACCGAUGAGGAGAAUUCGGAGAUUGCCCGCCUCACUGCCGACGUCGAAGCCGACACGGACAACUUUGAGAACUGGGAGAAGUUGAUCCGCGCAUGUGAGAGCCUUGACGGCGGUCUCAACCGGAAUUCCAGUCCCCAAGCACUAGCUACACUUCGCAACUCUUACGACCGCUUCCUUCUCAAAUUCCCCCUCCUGUUUGGCUACUGGAAGAAGUAUGCCGACCUCGAGUUCAACAUCGCUGGGCCCGAAUCGGCCGAGAUUGUCUACGAGAGAGGUUGCGCCAGCAUCACCAACUCGGUUGACCUCUGGACCGAAUAUUGCUCUUUCAAGAUGGAAACGACCCACAUCCCCCACCUUGUAAGAGAGCUUUUCGAGAGGGCGGCUACCCACAUUGGUUUAGAUUUUUUGUCGCACCCCUUUUGGGAUAAGUAUCUGGAGUAUGAAACCAGACAAGAGGCGCACGACAAGAUCUUUGACAUCCUCAAGCGUGUCAUUCACAUCCCGAUGCACCAGUACGCCCGCUACUACGAGCGAUUCCGCCAACUUGCUCAUACCCGGCCUCUCGAGGAGCUAGUUUCAGCUGAGGAGCUGGCCCGCUAUCGCGCAGAAGUUGAGGGCGAAGCCGUUCACCUCGGUUUGCAGAAGACUGAGCUGGAGGUCGAACGGGAUAUCAGGGGCAAGAUCGACCAGUUCUUCUACUUGACUUUCCAGAACACUCAAACCGAGACAACAAAGCGGUGGACAUACGAAGCCGAAAUCAAGCGACCAUACUUUCAUGUCACAGAGCUCGACCACUCACAGCUGGCCAACUGGCGCAAGUAUCUCGAUUUUGAAGAGGCCGAGGGAGAUUACAACAGAAUCGUCGUGCUGUAUGAGAGAUGUAUGGUUACCUGCGCUCUUUAUGACGAGAUGUGGUUCCGGUAUGCGCGCUGGAUGGCUGGGCAGGAGGGCAAGGGAGAAGAGGUUAGGAACAUCUACCUUCGCGCCGCUACGCUCUUCGUACCUAUCAGCCGACCUGGUAUCCGACUGCAGUUUGCGUAUUUCGAGGAAGUGAACGACAGAGUCGAUAGAGCGCGGGCCAUUCAUGAAGCUGUGCUGGACAUACUGCCAGACAGCGUCGAGACGAUCGUUUCGUGGGCUAAUCUGGAACGUCGCCAGGCUGGUUUGGACGCCGCGAUAGAGGUGUUGAGGGCUCAAAUCGCCUCGCCUACCGUGAGCAUCUACACCAAGGCGGCCUGUGUCACGGAGUGGGCUACUUUGCUUUGGAAGGUUAAAGGAUCCGUUGACGAAGCUCGUGCUGCCUUCUCCAAGGACGCUGACGCCUAUGCCGACAGUCGACAUUUCUGGCAACAGUGGUUUGACUUUGAGCUCCAGCAGCCCACCAACAGCGAGAUGGAGACCAAGCACUUGGAGCUUGUCAAGAGGGUGUUCACCCAGAUGUGCACCAAGAGCCGUCUCUCCCUCGGUAUCAAACAGGAGCUUGGUCGUAUUUACAUGAACUACCUGCAAAAUCGUGGAGGCAAGGAAGCCAUGAAGGAUUUCCUUGAUGUCGAUCGACAGAUGUUUGGGCCUCGCUCAGUAUCGUUGGCUGCCAAGGCAAAGGACGGCAAGGAGAAUGGCGUGGUCCCCGAGUUGGACCCUACAAGUCGUCUAAAGGCCGAGGGCCGCUUUUACAACUACUAUGAACUACACGCGGAUCCAGAUGAGAAUGCCCAAGGACUGGCGGAUUUCAACUAA